UAAAAAAUAUAUGAGCUCUCUUGGGGCUCUACUAUUUAUUAGGAUCUGUCCAAAGUAUUUGUCAUUAAUUGUUGACAAUACAAAAUAUCCGCAAAUCCUAUGAUAAAAUGAAAAAGAAAUUGGUGAAGAUCCGUCAAAAGAGAUGUGGCAGCCACAACAACUCAAGAGUUGACUGCCUCGUAUCCAUAUCCACGUGUCGUUCAUCUGUCCAUCAUUCCCUUCUUUUUUAGUGUGGUAGAAAACGUAAUAUCGACAAAUAACAAGUCUCAAUUAGUAUGAAUUUCUAAAACCCCCCCUACACAACCCCCCUUCUCUCUCUCUCUCUCUCUCUCUCUCAGCCGCACACGCUUCUCUUUAUUCCGUUUACCAUCUUCCGCAACUUGCUGCUAUGUCAGUGCUCAGCCGGCUCGGUGUGGCAGCGCGGCUGUUAUCGAAGCGUAUAAACCGAGGGUACGGAUCAGCUGCUGCCGCUCAGCUGGAUUACGAUUCUUACUAUUGCUACGAUGACGAGGAAGAGGAGAUGAAGAAUCGGAGAGUAAUUGAGGAGUCGGAGUCGGAGGGAUGGGAAACGCUGGGGAGGGGUGUGCAGUGGGUCAUCAUGGGCGAUCCAAUGGCCAGGCGACAUCUCUAUGCCCAGCGCCUUGCCGACCUUCUCCACGUUCCUCAUAUCUCCAUGGGAUCUCUCGUUCGUCAGGAACUCAACCCUGAUUCUCCUCUCUAUAAAAAGAUUGCCAGCGCAGUGAACCAAGGGAAGUUAGUCCCAGAGGAUGUCAUAUUUGGGCUUUUGUCCAAGAGGCUGGAAGAAGGAUAUUGCAGAGGUGAAACUGGAUUUAUUUUGGACGGAAUUCCUCGUACAAGGAUGCAAGCUGAGAUACUUGACCAAAUUGCUGAUAUAGACUUGGUGCUGAAUCUUAAGUGUGCCGAGGAGUCUGUUGUGAAGAAAACUUUAGGCGGUGGAAUGUAUUCUCCUUCUCGAGAAUUCCAUUCCGUGGCUACUUCAGGAUUGAAUAUCAGUAUUCAGAAACAAUCAGGUCCUUUUCAGUCUACAAAUGUCGACUCAGAUACCAUCUGGAAGGAGAAGCUUCGCAUGUAUGCAGAUCAGAUGAAGCCCCUGGAAGAAUACUAUAAGCAGCAGAAUAAGCUUCUCGAUUUCCAAGUGGCCGGUGCAUCUGGAGACACCUGGCAAGGUCUUUUGGCUGCUUUGCAGCUGCAACACGUGAAUGUUGUCACUUCUCCUGCCAAUUCAUCACAGAAGUUGACGGCAUAAUUUUGGCCGAGAAAGAUUCGUUUUGUUUCUAGUCCUGGUGUGCUAGUAAACACAAGAUAUGUUUGCCAUGUGGUAUCAUAUCUUGGAUUUUUUUUGUAGUGAAUGUAUCCAAUUUUGCAUUAGGGAUGAAAGGAUAAUCCUUUUAAUUUUUUUCUUGUGUGUUCAAGUUUGUUAGGGCUGAAGUUGAGUGUAAAAACAUUAUCCGGCAUUUAUAUACAUAUCAGUUGUCUCUUUCUU